UGUAGCAGAUGACGCACCAUUUCACGAGAAUAAAAAAAGCGCUACAUUGGGCAAGGCUGGUCACAUGUGCCGGAACACUGCACGAGAGAUGGUGCUUGAGCUUCGGUGGCCAGGUGAGCACUGCCCUACGGGUCCUCAGUCACUCCACGGCCACUGCCCUGCGCUUCCUGGUGGAGAAUCAUGGCUGGAGCACCAACUUCCUCACCACGGCUUGGUUCUUGGAACAGUACCUGAAGGCGUCCAAGGCAGGGUCCUACGAACUGGACGAUGCCUCCUUUUACCUCGCUGACCUCGCAGACUUGGAUGUACAACCUGCUGUGCCAACCGACAUUUUUCUUGAGGAGGUAGAACUCACCAUGGCACAACCUGAGGAGAAUAGCUUUGACUAUUACGCGGGUAUGUGGUAUGAAGAGUUGUAA